AUGCCACUUUCCGACCGAUUUCGAGAACGCCUGGACGACGGAGAUUGGUGCAUGGGCUUGUUGGUCGAGGUGCGGGUCAACUUGGUCACCCAGAAGCGCCUCGCGGCCGAUGUCCUCGGCUGCGGUGAGCGCAAGAUUUGGCUCGAUCCCAACGAGGUCAACGAGAUCUCCAACGCCAACUCCCGCCAGUCUAUCCGCAAGCUCGUUGCCGAUGGCCUCAUCAUCCGAAAGCCCGUCACCAUGCACUCGCGUGCCCGCGCGCGUGAGCUGAACCUUGCCCGACGGAUUGGUCGCCACCGUGGUUUCGGAAAGAGGAAGGGUACCGCCGAUGCCCGUAUGCCUGAGCAAGUCCUCUGGAUGCGUCGCCAGCGUGUUCUCCGCCGUCUCUUGGUCAAGUACCGUGCCAGCGGCAAGAUCGACAAGCACCUUUACCACGAGCUGUACCACGCCGCCAAGGGUAACUCCUUCAAGCACAAGCGCGCCCUGGUUGAGCACAUCCACCGCGCCAAGGCCGAGAAGGCCCGUGAGAGGCAGCUCAAGGAGGAGAUGGACGCCAAGCGUGCGAAGACCAAGGCGGCCCGCGAGCGCAAGGUGGAGCGACAGACGGCGAAGCGGAACGCGCUGAUGGAGGGUCUGGAGGAGGAGAAAUAA